AUUCGAAUUGUCAAAACUACUUGAUGUGCUGUAAAAGUUGUUAGUAAACUGUUUGCGGCAUUAUUUUUGUUGUAGAAAGUUUGACGAAUUUUCUCUUUGAUUUAACAAAUAAAAAUAAAAGCACUGCUAAUAUGGCUACUACAACAAACACUACUGAAGAAGUCGAAGCUCCUAAAUAUAAAUUAACUGAUGCCAUUGUCAAAAAUUUAAAAGUGGAUAGAAUAAUGCAUGAUAAUACAGCCAAAAUAAAUUGUAUGGACUUCACCUACACUGGUGAAUUAAUGAUUACGUCUAGUGAUGACGGACAAAUAGUUGUGUACGAUUGCACCAAAGGGCUACAAUCACGCAUGGUGAAAUCCUUAAAGUACGGAGUUGAUUUAAUACGUUUUACGCAUGCACCUAAUGCAAUAUUACAUAGUUCCACUAAAGUCGAUGAUUCCAUACGUUAUCUCAGCUUACACGAUAAUAAGUAUUUACGUUUCUUUCCUGGUCACACUAAGAAAGUGACGACACUGACUAUUUCACCAGUUGAUGACACUUUCAUAUCUGCUUCAUUGGAUAAUACUUUACGUUUAUGGGACUUACGUGCGCCAAAUAGUUUUGCAAUAAUGCAAACUCCUAGCAAAACUGUAGCUGCAUUUGAUCCGGAAGGUUUAAUUUUUGCUGCUGGUGUUAAUUCAGAUAGUGUUAAAUUGUAUGAUUUGCGUUCUUUCGAUAAAGGACCAUUUACUACAUUUAAAUUGAUUCCAGAAGAGGAAAUAGAAUGGACUGGCUUGAAGUUUUCACGCGAUGGUAAAACUAUUUUAAUAAGUACAAAUGGUACUGUCAUUCGUUUGUUGGACUCUUUUCAUGGUACACCAUUGCAAACAUUCGAUGGUUAUGCCAAUACAGAACGUUUAUCGAUCGAGGCAAGCUUUAGUCCAGAUUCUCAGUAUAUCUUUUCUGGUAGUAGUAAUGGUCGUUUACAUGUUUGGAACACAGAUACUGGUCGUAAAGUGUGUGUACUGAAUGGAAAUCAUUUGGGUCCAACAAGAUGCGUACAAUUUAAUCCACAAAAAAUCAUGUUAGCAUCAGCUUGCACUAAUUUGGCUUUUUGGUUACCUGAUACGGAAUUACUGCAAGCACAAUUAGCAGAAAAGUUGGCGAACAACGCGUAAAAAAAGACUAAAAUCUGCUUUCAAAAUUUGUAAAGUAAAUAAUGAUAGUUUAUAGAAGAGAAUUAUUGAUUUAAGUGAAACUUAUCUAAAUAUGUAAUAUAUAUUUAAGUACAAGUACUAUACAUCCCAAUGAAGCAAGUACACUAUA